AUGAGAUUAAUCGACUGUCGCGGCGGCUCGCUGCGGAUGCAGGAGUUCAUCGGACGUCCGCCAAUUCCCUUUGCUAUCCUCUCGCAUACCUGGGACAGCGAAGAGGUCAACUUUCAGGCCUUCAACGACAUCGCCACGCGCACUGCGGCUAAGGGCUGGACAAAGAUCGAGCGCACAUGUCGUGAGGCCCAGCGAUGCGGGUUCGACUACGUCUGGAUAGAUUCGUGCUGCAUCGACAAAACCAACAAUGCCGAACUGAGCGAGUCGAUCAACUCCAUGUUUCAAUGGUACAGCGAGGCCGACCUCUGUCUCGUCUAUCUUGCUGACUUCGAUGCCAACGCUACCGAUAACGAGCUCGUUAGUAUGCUGCAUAGUGCUCGCUGGUUCUCACGUGGAUGGACAAUGCAGGAGAUUAUCGCUGCGCGAGCCGCGAAUUUCUACGAUCGUGCGUGGAACCAAUUCGGUACGCGAGAAUCUCUACGCGACAUACUUGCGUAUAUUACAAACAUCGAUGUGGAGGUCUUUGCUCCACCAGAGGGCCCUGAUGCCUUGAGUACUCGUGACCUGCUUGACGCUAUUCCUGUCGGUCGCCGCAUGUCGUGGGCAGCAUCCCGUCAAACGACUAGACCUGAGGACAUGGCAUACUGUCUGAUUGGUCUGUUUCAGGUCAACAUGCCAAUGCUCUACGGCGAGGGUGGAGAACAAGCGUUCAUUCGACUCCAAGAGGAAAUCAUGCGCGACAGGAAUGAUCUCAGCCUGUUCGCAUGGCGAGCAAAGGAUUCUUCAACGCACCGUGGAAUCCUCGCCCGCAGUCCGGAUGAGUUUGUUGGGCUGAGUAGUCUUCAACUCGAACAGGACAUCAAAUUCAACCCAGACUUUUCCAUGUCUAACAAGGGACUGCGCAUAAAUACAUUCUUGAAGCUUGCUGGGGACAGAUUUCCAGGAGAGGUUAUAAUGCCACUACACUGUUAUACUGAAAAACCCAUGGGUGAGAGUGUGCCGCAAACUGGGGUGUUUCUCAAGCACGAAGGCGCAAGCGUGUACGUCCGAACAAGGCCCCAGUCGUUCGCGCUGCUGACCGAUUCGACGCCCGUCUCAAGCAGUAAUACAAUUUUUAUAUCCAAGCGUGUGCGAAGAACAGCAAACACCGCAGUCCAUGCGAAGCAUCCGAGCGAAAAUGGCGGCAAUCUUGGUGCAAUCUAUUUCGGAAUCACAGACGUCCAGUCCGGACACCAUGCCGUACCCAAGCUGAUCGAAAUCGAGCCCAAAGACCUUUGGGAUGCUCAGAAUAACUGCUUUCUUACACGCGACUUGCGAAACUUGACCGCAUUUCUUCGAUUCCACAUUGUGGGGCUGGGCAACUACCCAGGCGAGUUUGUAGUAGUAUGUGGCUUCUCUGAAAAGAAACCGCCGUGGGUCUUGUUAGCCGAUGCAACAGAGGAGCUGUUUGAGGCCGCGACAAGCCAUGACUUUCGACGAUUGGCCAAUCUUGGUGCAGCAAGAGGAAGUUUGAGGCCUCGGCAACAGUAUUUGCGUGCUCUUAUGGGUAGCAGUACCUCACCAGUCAAAUAUGCGUCGGUAAAGCUACAGUGCGAUCAACAGGCACAGAAUAGGGAAACGGCUUUAUCAUUGAAACUCAGCAUCUCCAAGGGUAGUCGAGCGACUGGCUUCUUAUUUGGACACUAA